AUGACGCUCUCGAACCGCGCGUGGCCCCCACGUGACCGCGCUACGUCACGGUCAGCGCUAGGGAACUACAAGAUGGCGGAGAGCGCGGAACUGAAGCAAAUGGUAAUGAGCCUGCGGGUGUCGGAGCUGCAGGUUCUGCUGGGCUACGCCGGGCGCAAUAAACACGGCCGGAAGCACGAGCUGCUGACCAAAGCGCUACACCUGCUGAAGGCUGGCUGCAGUCCGGCCGUACACAUGAAGAUCAAGGAGCUGUACAGGCGCCGCUUCCCCACUAAACUGCUCUCGCCAGCCGAGCUCGCCCUGCAGGGGGUGCACGCGCCUGCCGUAUCACUGCCCACCGGCCUCACACAGCUGUCCUUUGAUGGGCACACAUCACCCACCUCCCAACUGCUGCCCAUAUCGCUUUUGGGGCCCAAACAUGAGCUGGCGCUACCCCACCUGCCCUCCUCGCUCCAUCCCGUUCACCCCGACGUCAAACUACAGAGGCUGCCCUUCUACGACGUGCUCGACGAACUCAUAAAGCCCACCAGCCUCGCUUCAGACAGCAGUCAGCGUUUUCAGGAAACGUGUUUUGCUUUUGCAUUAACACCACAACAAGUCCAACAGAUCAGCAGCUCUAUGGACAUCUCGGGGACCAAAUGUGACUUCACGGUACAAGUACAGUUAAGGUUUUGCUUAUCAGAAACCAGCUGUCCUCAAGAAGACCACUUUCCUCCUAACCUCUGUGUAAAAGUCAAUGGAAAACCGUGCAACCUUCCGGGAUACCUUCCUCCUACCAAAAACGGAGUUGAACCAAAGCGUCCCAGCAGACCCAUCAACAUUACCUCACUGGUCAGGCUGUCCACCACUGUCCCCAACACCAUUGUGGUGUCCUGGACAUCGGAAAUUGGGAGGAGUUACUCCAUGGCUGUGUAUCUGGUGAAGCAGCAGUCGUCUACAGCGCUGUUACAGAGACUUCGUGCCAAAGGCAUCAGAAACCCGGACCACUCCAGAGCUCUCAUCAAAGAAAAGCUAACCGCAGAUCCUGACAGUGAAAUUGCCACCACCAGCUUGCGAGUGUCGUUACUCUGCCCGCUGGGGAAGAUGCGGCUAAUGAUCCCGUGCAGAUCGUUGACGUGUACCCACCUGCAGUGCUUCGACGCCACACUCUACAUCCAAAUGAAUGAGAAGAAGCCCACCUGGGUGUGUCCUGUCUGUGACAAAAAAGCACCAUAUGAACACCUUAUCAUCGACGGGUUGUUUAUGGAGAUCCUGAACAGCUGUGUAGACUGUGAUGAGAUUCAGUUUAAGGAAGAUGGCAGUUGGGCCCCCAUGAGGUCGAAAAAGGACGUGCAGGAAGUUUCUGCUUCAUACAACGGCAUAGACGGCGGAUGUCAACCAUCAGCCCCCGAGCAGAAAUCCAGCUCCCACACAAACGGCAGCAGCGGUAAGAAUGUGGAGGUGAUCGAUCUGACUCUGGACAGCUCAUCUGAGGAGGAGGAGGAGGAAGAGCCACCUGUAAAAAGAAACUGUCCCUCCCUCUCCCCGGUUUCACCACAGAUGAACAAGGGAGUGUUGAAUUUGUGUACUCAGGCGUCUCCUGCAAGUCGAACUCCAAGCAUGCCACAAGUGGAGACCAACUACAUCCCCCCUCCUCCACCGCUCAUACAGGACUACCGCCACUACUAUCCUACACCCAAUGAUCUUUCAGAUCUGAACUUUUUCUCGUUUUUACAAGGAGAAAAUCAUCAGCACUAUAACAUGGUGAUGGCGGCGGCGGCGGCUUCGGCGUCUGAGGAUCACGACCUCCUGCUGAACCGUUUCCUGCCAUACAGCUCCUCUCAGCUCUUCCUGGACGCUCCUGGCACACCGGUGAGUAGCAGCAGCAGUGCAGUUCACGCCGCUCUCAACGUCAACCGCAGCAACAGCAACAGCUCUAGCAGCAGCAGCCUCCCCACGAUCCCCCGCUCCGGCUCGGACAUCUACAGCUCCAUCCCCGAUAUCAUCUCCCUAGACUGAUCUACAACCUCACGCUCCAAACAGACUCCGUACAUUUGGUGUUGGGAGAAAAAAAAAACACACAAUAGAAAACAGAAAAAAAAAAGAAAGUGAGGGGUUUUAAUCGUUUUUCCUAAACGACGAACAUUUGCUAUGUACAGAGAACAAAUAUAUUUUCAGUUUUACUUUUUGUAUAUAUAUAUAAAUAUAUAUAAACACAAAAGACCUUUUUUCCUAUUAUGCGAAUAACUAAGGUUUGGUUUUCUUCCAUGGGAAAAAAAGAGACUUUUUUUUAUUUCAUCACAAAUUGUUGUGUUGUCGUCCCCUUGAUUAUACUGUUAUAAUAUUUUAUAUCUUUAUGGUCUUUUGCUACAUUAUAUUUAGUGUCAUUUCUGAUUCCACGUCGAAGGCGUUACCCUCCCACACAGGGACAUGGCAGCGUGUUCGGCCGUCCCUCGUCCACAUGGACGUUCCAGAUGGACAGAGACAUGCUUCUCUAGCACUGGCAGUGUUUUUCAGCUCGCAGAUGGUUUUAUAAUACUUUUAAAUUAUAUGAAGUAUGUGAACUGUUAAGCAUUUCUUUAUCUUCAGGAAUCUGCUGUCUCCUGCCAUUGCUUUUUCUCUUCUUCUUAAUUAUAUUACACUUAUUUAUAAUUAAGAGCAGAUGCAUUUUGCUCUGAUUGUACUGUCAUCUUUGUAGAAUUUGUGCUAAAACACUUUUUAUAUUUCAGACCACUUUUUUUGCACAAUGCCAAAAGCGAUGCCACAGAAAAUCACUUUUCUUUCUUUCUUUCUUUCUUUCUUUCUUUCUUUCUUUCGUUCUUUCGUUCUUUCUUUCUUUGUUUUUUUCUGAGGUGAUUAAGGAAGUGUGUCAGCUCAAAAGAUAUCUAGUGGUUGGAAACUUUUGUGUGUGUGUUUUUUUGAGCUGAUGCUGCAUUUCUGUACCUUACACACAUUUUCAUUUUACUCUGCUCUUGUGUGUGUGUGUGUGUGUGUGUGUGUGUGUGUGUGUGUGUGUGUGUGUGUAUCAGUGAGAAUUAGACCUGUUAUGACUCCUAUUGCUCUUCUGCUCCCUGCUCCUAUUCAUGUAAGAAGCUUUAUAUACAGCUUGAUGCCUCUCCCACCAGACCUUCAGCUUGUCCUUCCUUUUCUGAAAAAGACAUAUCUGAAUGAUUGGAUUCAUUUAGUAUGAGAACACCUCAGCCUCCUACUCACCGUAGUUAGACUAAAAUUAUAAUAAGAAAUCGAAUGAAUCUUUGAUGUUGAGAAAUACAGCUAGAUAAUUAGUCUAAACACUCAGAGGCUAGCAACUGGUGUAAUCACAUUUUGUGCAUGUUGUGUGCUGCGUUUCUCAUCUAAAAAAAAAACUCAUGAGAAAGCAGCCCAUGAUGUGCUGGAAUUUACACAAGACAUCAGUAAUGAAUGUCACUUUGUAAAAUGAUUGCAAAAUGAGCAAAGAUCUCUAAUCUGGCAAACACAUGAACAAUUUAUCAUCAAAUCUGAUGUCCUCACAAACCUUUUCAGUCUUUAGACAGAGGAGUUGGACAAAUAAAAAGGAAAGGAAGAAGCUCAAUUAUAUCUUACAAUACAAUAGGGUCUAUGAACACACACACACACACACACACUAAAAUGGCUUGAACUUAGCAGGUCCAUUUAAGAGACAGACCCAGCAUAUGAGAUGACAGCCUUAUGGCUUGAAUAUCAUGACCAUUUACUCCAUGGUUCAAGGUUCCUCUGUUGGUGAAAAAAAAAGUUAUUUAUUAAAAUAAUUAUUUAAACUAAGAAAGGUUCAUUUAAGGGGGAAGGUUAACUGUACCUCACUUUGCUUGACCUCAUUUGGGAUAUCUAAAGGUGUGCGUGUGUGCGCUUGUGCAUGUGUGUUCGUGUGUGUGCGUGCGCGGGUUCGUGUGUGCGCAUGUGUGUGUUUCUCAUUGCUUGAGAUCUUGUUCCAUCCUCUUAAUUGCAUUUCUAGCUAUCAUUAUGACAGGCUUUUCUUCUUCUUGUUCAGCCUUCAUAGUGUGACUGACUGAUUGUUUUCAUGACGGCCCAUAUUUCCAUCACCUCCUAAAUGCUUUCUCUGCUUUUUUACUGUUUAAAAUGUCUUCAGUAUUUUCAGCUCUGUUUUCACGCCCUGACCUCAUGAAAUAGUGUUUCGUUCAUUUGAUUGCUCAAUAUCUUACACAACAAAUACCUUUCGGGGCUGAUUAACCCUCUGUGUCACUCAGCUGCCGAGCUUUAACGUAGAUAGCUUUGUAAAGGAGAGAAGGAGUUCAUCACACGGUUUAACGUGUAAUGUCAUGACUGACCUACAUUUUAAUAAUAGUCCCAAUUGUUUUAUUUAUAUGAGAGAAAUGAAUCUCUUGUGUAAAACAAUGCAUUAACUCAUACAAAUAUAAGCUUUAUUAUAUUCUAGACAAACUGGUGAUUGCAGCCUCUUGUGCUUUCAACUCCUGCAGUAAUGUUCUAGUUUUGUAUUUAAAUAUCCUGCUCUCUGACAGUGUUAAAGACCAAACGUCUGGUCAUAUUUGCUCAGUAUCUGAGGCUGUGGGUCUCGUCUGCACCAUCAAACCAAGGUGAAGUCAAUAAAUAGGGCUGUUUUUAUUUUUGUCCUUUUUCCUUCACCAUAAGUUAAUGAAUACAUCAUCAACAUGGUCAUGCAAAUUUGAUUUGAAUCAUAGUUCUUGACUUCUCUGCUCACUCCCUCUGGACGUAGAGUCGAUUAAAUUAAUUACCAAUUUUAUAAUAGAUGAUUUGCUCGAAAACAAAAUCUCAACCCAUGUUUCAUCAACUUGAUGUCAGUGUUUUGUAAUUAUUGACAAAGGGAAGUACUGUGUGUGUGUGUGCGCGUGCGUGUGUGUGUGCGUGUGUGUGCGUGUGUGUGCGCGUGUGUGUGCGUGUGUGUGCGCGUGUGUGUGCGUGUGUGUUUUGAUCUGAUUUGUUUGUAUGUAUUUGUAUUCCAGCCGCUGGAGCAUCACAUCAAAGCGAUUACUUAUAUAUUUUUUUCAAAUGCAAAAAAAAAAAAAAAAAAAAAGUGCUAUAAAGUAGACUUUGUGUCUGGGUCAGAUAUUAUUUUAUUAUUAUUUUUCAUUUCAUGUAAGCUGACAUCUGUGCUCACUGCCUUAAACUUCACUUCCUCUGUCUGUGGCAUGUCCGGUAAGAGAAACAGCUUUUAAUGGAGAUGUGGAAGAGAUAUUGUAUAGUAGAACAAUGUCGGUUUGUAUAAAGACCUAAGGGAAAAAAUAUUUAUUACAUGCAUUGGAAGAAAUUGUUUACUUAAUAAAUGUUACCUGUUUAUUUAGGGACGUUUAGAUGUAAUAAAUACAUUGAGUUAAACUUU